UGGAGCGGGCACUCUUAACAUAUUAUACAGUUUUACAUGUAUUUUUCCAGUGACACAUCGUGUGUUGUUUAUUCGGAAGUAGAAAACAGGUGAAGCUGUGGUAGCUUUAGCACAGGGGAAGAAGAAGAAGCAGCCCACACCAUAACAACAACGUGGUUUUAUAGAAGCUACUGCUGCUUGCUGACUUUAUUUACAAUGAAGCAACAGCCCGAAAACCAGCAGCAGCCCUCUCUCUAUUUAGAAGUUUGCUGUCAAAACGAGGAGCCGCGCCUUCCCCUGCACACCUCCAUCGUCCUGUUCCUCCUUUCUUACUGCGAGUGCAAGUUUUUUAAAGUUUACCUGGUCUUCAAGAAACCCAGCAGCUCUGAGUCUCUGAGAAGUCAGCUGCCAGAGCAUCUGGACUCCUCUGAUGUUCAGUCAGAGGCUCUGCCUCAGCUGGUGAGGGACUGUCGCCUCCCUGCUGUUUUGGAUGAGACUGGGCAGCUCUGCAGGGCAGGACUGGCAGUGGUCCUUAGACAUAUUAUCAACAAAACCAUCGAGGCUGACCCCUCCAGAAAUGAUGUACUGGCUCUGCUGGGUUUCAAGAAGACUUGUCUGAAAGCCUGCGCUGAGGUGAGCCGGUGGACUAGAUUGUGUGAAAUUGAAAUCCCCUCUGCUGUUGAAGAACAUCUCCAGAAUCCCGCAAAUGAUGAUCAGCGGGUGCCCCUCUCCAUUCUCACUCUUGAGCGAAGGCUCGCAGAGCCUGUCAGAGUCCACAACGAUGACAAAAUACGAAGGCGGAAACUCCAGGAGCAGAGACGUGAAGAGUCUGCUGAAAGCCAAGAGAACCUGGACUCCGAGUCCGGUCUUGGACAGUCGUCUCAGGCCUGUGAUGGACUUGAGCUUAGAGCAGCUUUGGCCAAACUGUCUGUGGAUUCAGUACCAGCUUUAACCACCAGAGAGAACUCUGAGAUUAGGAAAGUGAAGACAGCAGAUUUGCCUCCGUUGGAGCAUGUGUUUGCUGAGGGACUGUACUUCACUCUGACUGAUGUGGUGCUGCUCCCGUGCAUCUAUCAGUAUCUGUGUUCCCUCCAAGCCCGCGCUGUCGCCACUCUACAUCAUCUCCCCCACCUACUGCGCUGGUACGGCCGUGUCCAGGAGGUACCGGGGGUGCUUCGGGCAGCCAAGGCUUGUGGGCUACUUCUGUCCAUACCCCAGGCUCCCACGUCUGGACUCCCAAUUCUCUCAGCAGAGGACAACCCAACCAGUCUACCGGUGGAAGAGGAAGAAGGCCGGGAGAUGGCCCCAGAGGUUCCUUUUGUCGGCGGCCCAAGGCCCACAAUGACUAAACUCAAAGAAAAUGGCAUCGAGGCAGUCUUCACUCCUCAUCCUUGCCCUUCCUGGACCCUCCCAUGGGAAAGCUUACCAGGAGCGAUCAACCCUACUGAAGGGAAAAUGUCAAAUAUCCGUGCAGUCAGGAAGAUGCAACAGCUGAAUAACUUGGUUGCCAUGGUUACAGAGCUCGCCAGGCCAGGAUACACCAUCGUGGAUUUCUGCAGCGGAACGGGCCACGUAGGGAUUGUUCUUGCUCACACACUUCCAGACUGCCAGGUCAUCCUCAUAGAGAACAAAGAAGAGUCCUUGGUCAGGGCUCAGAGUCGCAGUGCUGAGCUCGGUCUGAAAAAUAUUGGCUUCAUUCAGGCCAAUCUGGAUUACUUCACUGGACCUUUUCACAUCGGGGUCGCCCUUCAUGCAUGUGGCGUUGCAACAGAUAUGGUAAUGGAGCAUUGCAUCCAGGCCGGAGCCGCCUUUGUUAUUAGUCCUUGCUGCUACGGCUUCAUCCAGAAUGCUGUGAAGUUCAGCUUCCCCAAGAGCAAAAGGUUCCAAGAGACUCUGACAUCUAAGGAACACAUGAUCCUCUGUCGCUUCGCAGACCAGACGGCUGUCCAGCUUCCGCCAGACAGGAGACUCAUUGGUAAACAGUGUAUGGCCUUGGUAGACUUGGAUCGGUCAUGGGCAGCAGAGACUCAUGGGUAUUCGGUUCGAGUAAUGACUAUGGAGCCUGAAAGCUGCUCACCAAAGAACAACAUGCUGGUGGGAAGGCCGCUGCAGAAGAGUGGACUGGAAGUCACCGCUGGCCGACUGGAAGAGGCAGUGCAUAAUUAGCGCUCGAUUCUCUGGUGUACAGCAGAGCGUCUUUAGCAUUGUAAGGGUUUGAUAAACUAUCCGGCUUCUGGCUGUAUCACGAGUGUUUUUUCAACCACCCUCAACAACUUACUUUAUGUUUUUACAAGCUCAGCCUUAACUGCAGAAAAUACAUGUUUAUUAUUUCUGUACUGUCAAAGGUCAUCUGUUAAAGUUUCUUUCAGGCUAAACGUUAAAGCAACCAUGCCCUUAACCCCCCCCCC